UCCAAAAAUGUUCGUGCCAUGCAGCGGGGAGCAAGGCUUCCCAAAUUGGGCUGAAUUUUCACUUAUUUUGCCAGCUGUUUCCAUAGGGAAUGUUGGGCAGCUAGCUAUUGAUUUAGUGGUUUCAGCAUUAUCAAGCCGUUAUCUCAUUGGCUAUCUUCAUGAUGCUAGUAUACUUCCUGUUGCUGGUAAUGAUGCCUUUGCAAAACCUGGUCAUGAGUGUGGACAGCUUAAUACAAGUGCUGAAGUGUACAAAAGUGAUGAACAAAAACUUAUUAUUAUACAACAAAGAGCUCCAAUAAAUAAGGGUUAUCAAGCAUUGUACUGCAGGAAGAUGAUUGAGUGGAUCAAGAGCUGUGGUUUUCACAGAGUCAUUCUAUUAUCCAGUAUCAGUGCUACUGAAAGAGUUGAUUCCCAAAUGCAGGGAUCUCCACUUCAGUAUUUAGUAUCCAAAGCAUCAGAAGGAUUAGUGAAGAGUUUUGAUAAUUUAUCCUGGACAAGACUGGAAAAGAAACCCACAUAUCCUGAUAUUGACCAAGGUAACAAAGAUGAAGAAUAUGCAUACUUUAUUCCUGGAGGAGGCAUCACAAAAAGAAUGUUUGAUUUGUGUAACAACAAGGAUAUCCCUUUAACUGUUCUACUUACGUUCUGCUCUGAGGGUGAUAAUAUAUCUGAUGCAGUUAGGUUAUUUUAUUACCUGAAUGAAUGGCUCACCAUCAUUGAUAAAGAAAAGGUAGAAUCAAAGUUAGCAGGAAAACCAAGUGAUUUUAUUAUUCCAUCUUCUUGGUCAUUAAUGUUUGGAUCUCCUCUAGCGCCAGUGCCACUCUUCUAAUUCUUGUCAACUAACUUCAAAUUGUCUGCAUGCAGUGUUAGCCACAUAAUUGCUGUGUGCUAAGCAGGCCAGUAAAACACAGUCCUCAGACCAUGCUAUUUUGAGCACUGUAGUAAAGAAGAUGAAGCUGUUCAAAAUUUUGUUUUUAAUUGGCUAGACUACCAUCAUAUGGUACACAAAAUGGUUGGAUACAUGACUGGAAGAGUGUUAGUAGUGCAGUUGUAAAGUUCAAGAUUCACAUGUGUUAGGAAGAGUUUGGUAGGUCUUGCAGAGAAGUGGUAAGUUUAUUAUACAUAAAGUAGCUAAGUCCUAUACUAAUAGUAGGUAGUUGCAAUAAUUCAUGUUAGCUAUUUAGUGGUAUAUAUUUUGAUAUGUUAUGUUAAUAGUAAAGCUUUGACCAGGACAACCUGUCUUUAUUGAACUGUUAAGCAGAACAGUUGCCUUUUAAGGAUGAAACAUUACUAUCUUUUUAAGCUGGCAACCUUGACAACUUCAAGUUUAAAAAAAAAAAAUUAAAUGUAUCACUAGAACUGUGAGAAUCAUAAAACCGGUUCAAAGAUCACACAAAGAAUUACAGUAGUCAGUUCUUGAGAGUUCAUUGAAUAUGGGAUCAUAAUUAUAGAUCUAUUACUGUAUGACAUGUAGCAGGUGCAAGGAGCUCAUGAAGCAAUAAGUAGAGCACACCAUUAUCACUACUAAUAUGCUACUUAACCACCACUAUAAAUACUACUGCAAAAAGUACCAGUACAUACUAAAAACACCACAAUCACUUCCAUCAUAACUCAAGCCGCUUCUGCCACUGCCAUCACCGUUGCAACUUUUACCACUACCACCAACACUGCAACUUUUUCCAUUACUACUCCAUGCACAACCAAGGUGCUGUCUGCCACCACAAUCAUCAUCAUGAAAUGAGAAUAGUUCCGUAUUCAGAAUAAUAUUGUAUUUCCCUCAUCCACUUUCCUAUUCCCACAACCCCAAGUUUAACACUUCGUGAUUUAUUGAUGCAAAUCUGAGUAAUACUUUACACAAUUAUGUAUUAAAGUCAUAUUAUUUUUUUCCAAUUAAGCUAGUACCGUAAACAGAAAUAUAUAUAUAAUCUGAAAUGCCUGGAAUAUAAUUCUGUAUUUCUAAGUAUAACUUUGGAAAACAAACACUAACUAUAAAAUUGAAUAUGGAUUUAAAAAGUUGAUUCUAAUAAUAUAAACAAUAAACUGUAAAAUAAAUAGUUCAUUCGCUCAAAAAUAUAUUUCCCAAAAUAUUGGUGAGAUAAUUUAGUAGCAAUGGGAAAUUGUGGUUUCAAAGGUGUCUCAAGUGAAAGAUGGGUUAURGAAGGUAUGGUUCAUAGUUUGCUAAACAUUCAUCAUUAAACUUGAUUCAAAAUAAUUCAGAAUAAUGCAGGAAUCUGCCGUAAGGGUAGACCUUUUUCAAAUUUUGUAAAAGUAAUAAAUGAUAUGCUCUA